UCUGUCUGGGGGGGGGUCACACACAACACCUGAGACUGUUUGAGGCAAGCAUCCAAGGCACCAUGUCCUCUCGAUCUAUAACUAUAGUGUCCUCUGGGCGGAGCACAGGGCUCAACUGCAAUGGGGUGAGGAUGCACAGCACUCAGCUCUCCUCACAGCCUAAGCUCCCGCAGGAGGAAGACAGGGAGUCUGGUCUCGGCUCCACCCUUGACCUCAGCAGCAGCUUCGAGUGUUCCAAGCAACAUACCAAUCAUGGCUCCAGAGAACCUUCGCUCAGGGAGGCAGACAUGCUCCCUAAAAAGAAAGACAGCUACCCACAGACCACAGGAGGGAGUCUGCACAAGAUCAAGCAGCUCCUUAUCAAUCUAUCCAAGAUCCCUCUCCUCCUCAUCCUCCUUUUUCUCUUUGUAUGCUCUUUGGACACUCUGAGCUCUGCCUUCCAGUUAGCAGGGGGUAAAGUGGCUGGGGACAUUUUCCAGGACAAUGCAGUGCUGUCUAACCCUGUGGCAGGGUUGGUGGUGGGAAUCUUGGUUACUGUGCUAGUCCAGAGCUCAUCCACCUCCACCUCCAUUGUCGUCAGUCUCGUGGCCUCCGGACUGCUAGAAGUGCGGUCAGCUGUUCCAAUCAUAAUGGGGUCCAAUAUUGGGACUUCAGUCACGAACACCAUAGUGGCAAUGAUGCAAGCAGCAGAGAGGAGCGAGUUCGAGCGUGCCUUCGCCGGGGCAACAAUCCACGACUGCUUCAACUGGCUGUCGGUGCUGGUUCUGCUGCCGCUGGAGGUGUUGAGUGGCUUCAUGGCUCGGCUGUCACACCUGCUGGUCACCAGCUUCAAGCUUCAACCGGGGGAGGAAGCACCUGAGCUGCUCAAGGUCAUCACAGAGCCAGUCACCAAACUCAUCAUACAGCUGGACAAGUGUGUGAUCACAGGGAUCGCCAUGGGAAAUGAGGACAUGAGGAACAGGAGCCUGGUGAAAGAAUGGUGCCAGACUGACCUUGUUAUGCCCACUGAUAAUGUGAGCACGGCAAACUGUGGCCCCAGUCAUGACUUGUCCCAGUCAUCACUGAAGUGUAAGCAUUUGUUUGUGUCUUCCGGGCUGUCAGACCUCACAGUGGGCCUGAUUCUACUGGCAGGCUCUCUGGCUGUCCUCUGUACCUGUCUGAUGCUUCUGGUCAAGCUGCUCAACUCUCUCCUUAAAGGCCAAGUCGCAAAAGUUAUCCAUAAAGUCAUCAACACAGACCUGCCAUAUCCAUGUGGGUGGCUGUCAGGGUACAUGGCCAUGUUUGUGGGUGCAGGGGUAACAUUUGUGGUCCAGAGUAGCUCUGUCUUUACUUCAGCCAUGACUCCCCUAAUAGGUAUCGGUGUGAUCAGUCUGGAGAGGGCCUAUCCUCUCACCCUUGGGUCCAACAUCGGCACCACUGCCACAGCCCUGCUGGCAGCCCUGGCCAGUCCUGGGAACAAGCUAGCAGCUGCCAUACAAAUCGCUCUGUGUCACCUCUUCUUCAACGUCCUUGGCAUUCUGCUGUGGUAUCCUCUUCCUGUCAUGCGCCUGCCGAUAAGGAUGGCUCGAGUCCUGGGUGAGCGCACUGCCAAGUAUCGCUGGUUUGCAGUCUUGUACCUUCUCCUCUGCUUCUUGCUCCUGCCCUCACUUGUGCUGGGCCUCUCGCUGGCAGGCUGGAGGGUGAUGGCAGGUGUUGGGGCUCCUUUCCUUGGUGUGACCGUCUUCAUCGCCAUGGUAAAUGUGAUGCAAACUCGUAGUCCUCACCACCUGCCUACUAAGCUCCAGAGCUGGGACUUCCUGCCCCAGUGGAUGCGCUCUCUCAAACCGCUCGACCGCCUCAUCACCAAGGGGACUGCAUGCUGCGGUUCUGCAUGUGAAGUGGGGCAGGGAGGAGAAGAGGAGCAUAUAUCGACACAGACGACAUCUGACGACAUGCAGAAAGAGUCGGCACAGAGGAAGGCACAGCUGGCUUAUGACAACCCGGUCCUGGACUACCUGGAUGAGAUCAGACCAGGUGUAAGGGUGCUUAAAUUAAAAGGGUUAGAGAGGUGCAACAGCACUCCACUGUAGUCAGAGUGACAACUUUUAUGCUGAAUUUUUUGUCAACAUCAUAAUUUGGAAAUUAAGCCAGUUUUUAUCAUUAAUUAAUAAUUAAUGAUUUUCAUCCAUGUUUGAUUUUCGUCCAACUGAGCAAGCUCUGCCUAUUGAUGAAGAUCAUCUGAUAUGAUAAAAAGCCCCCAAAACAGUUACUGUAUGCACCUUGAGUUAACUUGUCACUUGUUGUCAAGAUCAAGAAUGAACUUUGAAAUUCAGUUGAUGAUGAACUGCAAACAGAUUAUGAGUCUGUAACUGCAUUAAAGGUACCUUGAGGAGCUUUUGACCACUAGUGGUGCUAUGGAGCAAUGUUUUUAUGAGUCAUUGCCUAUUCUGUGUGUGCACAGGUAUGAACAAGCAUACAUUCUGCGUUUGGUUUCCUGCCAUUUCACUGAUUUGCCAAAAAAUGUAGCAAUGCACCAACAAAGGCAAUGAAGAAGAAGAAGGCCAGCAGUUGUAGUGAGAAGCGCAAAAUGUAAACUUAACUAGCCAACAACAUUUCUUGCAGCAAAUGUGUAAAAUGGGUUUAUAUUAAAUAAGUACUGUUGUAAAGAUGGUCUUGGCAUAAAACUAGGCUGUCUAUGCAGUAGAAAGGUGCAAAUACUUUUGAAAUUGGUGCUAAAUGACCAGAGAAAACAGGAAAAAGGGCUGUGGAAUUUGCUUUUGCUCCUGAGGUAUAAAACCUACAUCUCCCAGAAUGCACUGUGCAUUACCUGACCAAUAAAUGCUCCCACUGGUGGAUGAUAAAAUGCAGGCUUGAAACAUAGCUGCAGACACAUUCCCUUUGUAGUGUACAUGCAUGCGUGCACAUGGCACUGGGGACGGGACGGGG